CUACACAGUACGCGCCGGGCCCGUCCAAGGGGCAGGGGUAAGCUGCGGAUGCGGAGAAGAACCUGGUUAGCCUGAAAUUAGUAUUGGCAGAACCACACAAGCAAACAGUCGUCGCAUGGUCUGUCGCCCUCAAUCCAACCCAAUAAUCCAAUUCUACUCUCCUCUCCUUUCCUUUCCUUUCCUUUCCAACCCAGUGUCCAGUGCCUCAGACACAUACACACGCUCACACACGCCCACACACAGAGAGAACAAGAGAAACACGCCACAAUGCCGUUCGGGAUUCUGGAGUCGAAGCACAUGGAAGACGUGCCUGGCACGGCUGUCAUGACCGACCAGGACGACCUGCCACCCGAAUUCAGUGACAUCCCGAGAGAUCAGCUGAAGCACGGAACCGGGAGGUUCAAGAGUGUCAUCCUCGUGCCGCAGCCAUCUGACAGUCCGAACGAUCCCUUGAAUUGGCCACAAUGGAAAAAGGAGAUGAUCCUCCUCAUCAUCGGCCUCUCCGCCGCGGUUGUCGGCGCCUACGGCCCGAUGCUGUCGCCGGGGUUCGUUGAGAUCUCGGCGAACCUGAACAUCACGGUCGAGAUCCUGUCGCAGGCGACGGCGUGGCUCAUCCUGACCAUCGGGCUGGGCCUGUUCAUCACGAACCCGCUGGCCAAGAUCAUCGGCCGCCGGCCCGUCUUCAUCCUCGCCAUCUGCAUCAUGUUCGCGACCAGCGUGUGGGGCGCCGCCGUCAAGAACUACAACUCGUUCCUGGCCAGCCGCAUCGUCGCCGGAGUCGGCAUGGCCCCCUACGAGGUCCUCGUACAGUGCACCAUCGGCGACCUGUACUUUGUCCACGAGCGCGCCACCCGCAUCGCCGUCUGGAACCUGUUCCUGCUCACCGGCAUCAGCGGCGGCGCCCUGGUCGCCGGCUACAUCAUCGAGCGCGACGGCUACCAGUGGACCUUUGGCGUCUGCGCCAUCUUCUUCGGCAUCCUCAUGAUCGGCAUCGUCUUCUUCGUGCCCGAGACCGUCUACCGCCGGGACUCGCUGGUCGUCGUCGCCCGCGCCGGCGCAAAGGAGUCCGACCCCGUGCACAUGGUGUUGGCCCACGAGCAUGACGCCCACCGCCAUGCCGAGAAGAAGGACGAGAACCCCGGCCAGGUCGAGGUCGCGGUCGCCCACUUGGGAGCCGAUGAGAAGAAGCACAGCUACAUACGGUCUCUGCGCGUCUUCACCGGUCGUCACACCCACGCGCCGAUGUGGAAGGUCUUCACGCGGCCCUUUGUGCUGCUGUUCUACCCGGCGGUCUUCUGGGCGUUCCUGUUAUACGGCACAACAAUCACAUGGAUCGUCGUCUUCUCCGUCGUCAACGCCGUCAUCUUCGUCAACCCGCCCUACAACUUCUCAGUCAGCCAGACGGGCCUGAUCAGCCUCUCCCCCUUCAUCCUGACGGCCGUCGGCGAGGCGAUCGCCGGCCCUCUCAACGACUACAUCUGCCUGUGGCUGACGAAGCGCAACCGCGGCAUCUACGAGCCCGAGUUCCGCCUGCCGCUCAUGAUCGUGGCGACCAUCCUGGGGGUCGUGGGCUUCUUCGGCUUCGGCGCCACGGUCCAGUACCAGACGCACUGGCUCGGCCCCGUCCUGUGCUUCGGGUUCGCCAACAUGAGCAUGGCGUUCCUGGCCACGUGCGCGUUCGGGUACGUCGUCGACUGCCACCGCACGCUCAACGAGGAGGCGUUUGUGGCUAUCAAUGCCAGGAAUAUCUUGACUUUUGGGUUGACGUACUUUGUCAACGACUGGCUUGCCGAGGAUGGCGCCUUGGUUGUGUUCUGCAUCCUGGGAGCUCUGUUCCUUGUCGUGUGCUUGCUGACUAUCCCUCUCUGGAUCUAUGGGAAGCGGGCGCGUGCGCUAAUCGCUCGAAACGAGUGGCUUCAGAGGUUCAUGAACGAUGAAUCUGACGGGAGCUAGUGGACACAGGGUUCCGGUGAGACAUCAGAGGUAAUUCUUGAGUUUGUUUGGAUGAGUGGGAUGGACAAGACGCAGAGUGAUACUGAAUGAACUUCAUAUACAAAGUUUAUGUCAUAAUAGCAUAUAGGCGGACAUCAUAUGCCAGAGACUACUUAAUAUUUGCAUAUAUUGUCGCCAUAAAUGCAUAUUACUCUUGAGCUGCGAGGGAUUUAUGGUGUUUCCGG